AUGUCCUCGUUCCCCGGCGCAGCAGCGGCGGCAGGGCCGGACAGGACGGCAUUCGCCGGCGCCGACGCGCAGGAGCUGGCGCAGUGGCUGGCCCGCGGCGGCAUCUCCCUGGACCGCUAUGGCAAGGGGCCUGCCAAGUCUCUGGAUCAGCUGUGGGAGGAGGUAGAGGCGGGCGAGACGCAGCUGUUCCUGGAGAGCGGCAGGCCGCUGCGAGAGGUGUCGGUGCUGAAUGUUCUGCUGAAGAACAGCAGAGGCCAGACGCUGUACGAGGCAGAGCAGGUUCUGCCCAACGGCAGCAAGCGCACUCGGGGCCUGCCGCUGAGCGAGAAACUGCUACCGGGGGAGCGGUGGCAGGAGGCGGCGGUGCGGGGCGUGUUGGAGGAGCUGGGGCCGGUGCUGACCGCAGACCCGCAGGUCGAGGUGGACGAGGGCAGCAUGGUGGAGAGCGUUGAAAUGAAAGAGAGCCAGUCGUAUCCGGGGUUGCUUUCCAAGUAUGUGUGCAAGCGGGUGAGCGCCCGCGUGCUGAGCGGCCUGCCGGAGGAUGAUUUCAGCACCCAGGAGGAGCGGUCAGAUGGCCUGCUGGAGCACUGCUGGGUGUGGCGGUGACGCAUGCCCUUGCCCUGUACACUUGUAUCAUCCCCCUGCCAUGCACGCAUGUAUCAUGCCCCUUACCUGCCGUAUCUUCACACUGUAAUAUAAUGCCGAGCC